GCUGCUCUGGUCGGAGGGACGACCAUGGUCAUCGGCCACGUGCUGCCCGACAGGGAGACCUCCCUCCUGGACGCCUACGAGAAGUGCCGGAGCCUGGCCGACCCCAAGGUCUGCUGUGACUACGCCCUGCACAUGGGCAUCACCUGGUGGGCUCCCAAGGUGAAGUCGGAGAUGGAGAGCCUGGUGCGGGAGAAGGGGGUGAACUCCUUCCAGAUGUUCAUGACCUACAAGGACCUGUACAUGCUGCGGGACAGCGAGCUCUACCAAGUCUUCCUCGCCUGCAAGGACAUUGGCGCCAUCGCCCGGGUGCACGCUGAGAACGGGGAGCUGGUGGCAGAGGGUGCGAAGGAGGCGCUGGAUUUGGGCAUCACGGGACCAGAGGGAAUCGAGAUCAGCCGACCGGAGGAGCUGGAGGCUGAAGCCACGCACCGUGUGAUCACCAUCGCCAACCGGACUCACUGCCCCGUCUACCUGGUCAACGUGUCCAGCGUGUCUGCCGGCGAUGUUGUGGCUACCGCUAAGAUGCAAGGGAAAGUGGUGUAUGCAGAGACCACCACGGCGCACGCCACGCUGACGGGCCUGCACUAUUAUCACCAGGACUGGUCCCACGCCGCCGCCUACGUCACUGUGCCGCCCCUGCGGCUGGACACCAACACCUCCACCUACCUCAUGAGCCUGCUAGCCAACGACACCCUGAAUGUCGUGGCUUCCGACCACCGACCCUUCACCAGCAAGCAGAAAGCCAUGGGCAAGGAGGACUUCACCAAGAUCCCGCACGGCGUGAGCGGCGUGCAAGACCGCAUGAGCGUCAUCUGGGAGCGGGGUGUGGUAGGGGGGAAGAUGGACGAGAACCGCUUUGUAGCCGUGACCAGCUCGAACGCGGCCAAGAUCCUCAACCUGUACCCACGGAAGGGCCGCAUCAUCCCCGGGGCCGACGCAGACAUUGUGGUGUGGGACCCUGAAGCCACCAGGACCAUCUCUGCCAGCACCCAGGUGCAGGGGGGAGACAUCAGCCUGUAUGAGAACAUGCGCUGCCACGGGGUGCCGCUGGUCACCAUCAGCCGCGGGCGCGUGGUCUACGAGAACGGUGUCUUCAUGUGUGCUGAGGGCACCGGCAAGUUCUGCCCGCUCCGCUCCUUCCCCGACUCCGUCUACAAGAAGCUUGUCCAGCGGGAGAAGAGUUUAAAGCUUAGGGGCGUGGAGCGCACCCCCUACCUGGGGGACGUGGCUGUGGUGGUGCAUGCUGGGAAAAAGGAGACGGGGACUCCACUUGCAGAUACCCCCACCCGACCUGCCACUCGACACGGGGGCAUGAGGGACCUUCACGAGUCCGGCUUCAGCCUAUCCGGUUCUCAGAUCGAUGACCACGUUCCAAAGCGAGCUUCGGCCCGGAUUCUCGCUCCCCCCGGAGGCAGGUCUAGCGGCAUUUGGUAAAACCAGCGACCUGUCCCCAAACUAAGGACGCAGCAGCAGCUCCCCACUCCUCCUGCCGGCCCCGCCCCCACUGGAAGACCUGGCCGUGCCACCCCCCCGGGCACCGGGACACCACAGUGCUGUCCAGCAGGGCUGUUUGCCAUCCAGUCCCGCCAGGCGGCGGCGCCCGCUGGGAGGAGGCUGCGGGCGGGCCAUGGCGGGUGUGGCCAUGCACCCGCGCACGACUGCAGCUCCUUUCUGUGGGAUAACGUUUGCUUUGCCGGCUGCGAAGCUGGGCUCCUGGGCCCACGGCGUGCAGCGUGGGCCAGGUGGGGCGCUGGUGCAGGCUGGGCCGGGCGGGGGGAGGGAGGGAGGGCGGCCUCUACGUUCCCUUUUCUGUUUGCACGUUGGGUUUGGAUCAGUGAGUUUUGACUUGUUUGUGCAUCACGUGAAAAUAAUCCCA